AUGUUUUCUAUUAUUAUACUUUAUACUAUUUUUAUUUCAUUAAUAACAUCAAUUGAAGAAAAUCAGUUUUGGAUUGUUGGUGAAAUUUUAUCAGUUCAAUGGAAACGUGGAUGUUUAAGUUCAGAAAGAUGUACAAAUCCUAGAUUUCAAAUAGUUUCACAACAAUUAGAUAUUGAAGAAAUACAAAGAAUUGAUUUUCCAUUACAUUCAACAUCAACAAGAAAUGUUAUUUUUAAUAAUUAUUUUCCUAAUGGUAUUCCAGAAUCAUUGUUAAUGUCUAUAAAAAUAAUUGGUAUAGAUCCAUUAUAUAAUAUUCCAUUGGAUUGUGAUAAAACUUCAAAUAUUCGGACAUUUCCUAAUUCAAAUGUCAAUCAUUCUUCAACAACCGAAAAGACGCCAUCAGUAAUAGAAUUUGAAGGGAAAUGUUUUACAGCAAUAAUACAAUUGAAAAAAUAUGAUACCAUCUGUCCAUGGUGUUCCAAUAAGAAAGUAUUAGAUAGUAAAGAUAAUAAAACUAUUCCAAAUACUUUGGCAUUAGGGCAAGUUCAAAUUAAUCAAAUAACUUUUAUUAUUAUCUUGGGAAUCUUAUUGUCAAUUAUAUCUUUAACUUCAAUUGCUUUAUUAUUUUUAUUUUUAAGACAAAGAAAAGAAAUAAAAAAUAGAAGAAAAGAUAUUACUAUUUGUAGAUAUCCACAAAUACCAUCAACAAAAAUUAAAAUAGGUAUUUCAAAUGAUGAUGAUUAUGAAACUAUUGAUGAUAAAGAAAAAUUAACCUCUGUAUCAGUUCAAAGGAAUUCUUUUUACUCAUCAGGAUAUCAAUCAUCACAAACAAGCGCAACAUCUAUACAUUCAAAUCAUGGAAUACCUCAAGAUUAUGGAUCUAAUUUCAUUUAA